AUGUCUUCCGCACGCGAUACCUCCAACCAGACUGACAUCACCAAGUUCAAACUCGAGGCAGACGGCUCCUUGAAGCGCCCGGAGUCAAGCUUCCGCAACUUCAUUGAGAGAGGUGGCGAUUUUGAGCCGGAAGUUGGUCGCUACCAUCUCUACGUUUCCUAUGCAUGCCCAUGGGCUCAUCGUACUCUCAUCGUCCGGAAGCUGAAGGGUCUCGAGGACUUCAUCGACGUCACCGUCGUCUCCCCUCGCAUGGGAUCCCAUGGUUGGCCGUUCGCAUCUGUGGAUUCUUUCCCAGGUGCGGACACGGACCCGCUGUUCGAAUCAGAGCAUAUCAAGGACGUCUACCUGCACGUGGACCCCAACUAUGGCGGGCGAUUCACUGUGCCCGUACUCUUCGACAAGAAGAGAGACAUCAUCGUGAACAACGAAAGCUCGGAGAUCAUCCGCAUGUUCAAUACCGCGUUCAAUCACCUUUUACCCGCAGACAAGGCUUCUGUCGACUUGUACCCCGAGAAUCUUCGCGCCGAGAUUGACCAGCUCAACGCAUGCGUAUACAACGAUAUCAACAAUGGCGUGUACAAGUCCGGUCUUGCGACAAGCAGUGAUGCGUAUCGCGCAGCUGUCGUCAAGGUCUUCGAAGGGCUCGAUCGUGUUGAAAGCAUACUGAGCGGCAGGACAUACCUCAUUGGCGAUCAGCUCACCGAGGCUGACGUCCGACUCUUCGUCACGAUUAUCCGCUUCGAUCCUGUAUACGUUGGCCACUUCAAGUGCAACCUCAAGACCAUCCGCCACGGAUAUCCCGCCAUCAACCUUUGGCUUCGCCGUCUGUACUGGGGUAACGACGUAUUCAGGUCAACGACCAACUUUGAUCACAUCAAAACGCACUACUACUGGUCACACAUCACUAUCAACCCUCAUAGGAUCGUACCCAUUGGUCCGGUGCCACUCAUCGAGCCACUUGACGGCGAUGAGGAUGCGUAG